CUCAUUCACAUCGCCACUCCGUUCCUCUACUGCUCCUGAACUCUCGGCUCCCUCCGCUCGCCUCGUCGCCUUCCCCCCGAUCUACGCACCACUCACUCUCUCGCACUUUUUAAAUUACAACUUAAAACACACCUCUUCAAACAGGCUUUUACCACAUAGUUUUAAUACAUUGUUUUCAAUUUACGCAUCCUAGUGUUUUUACAUAUUUCUGUACUGUGUUUAUCUUGUUUUAUUGUUUUCCCCCAUUGUUGUAAAGUGUCCUUGGGUGUCUUGAAAGGCGCUGUCAAAUAAAAUGUAUUUAACAUUUUUACUCUGACAACAGGCGCGGGGUGGAUAAAAACGUGUUGCGGCUUUUACGUGACAGGACCGAGGGCAACACCAUGGUCAAGGUGUGGAGACAGGUCCAAGAGAACCACGUGGAUGAGCAUCUUUACCGUAAAGACGUGUACACCACACUCUUGAUGACGUUAGUGAAGCCUGGUGGGAUAGCUUCUGCUUUCCGUCGCAAGUUUGAGCCGCCACCCCCUCCCAGAGAGCUGCCCUCGGCACGCCUCCUUCGCCACGCCUUUCUCCUGGCAGAGGCCCAGAAUGUGCAGGACUACAGGGCUCAGAUCCUGUCAACAUUUGGAACCGUGUUGAAAAUGGACUCGACCAAGAAGGUGGUGAAGAAGCUGUCAGGUGAAGGGAAAGGCUCUGCAGAGUGGUUCACCAGCAUUGGCAAUGAGUUCUCGCAGAUUCUUACCUUUGUGCUCACCUGUGAGGAGUCAAAGGAAGCGCUGGAACCAAUGUGCAGCGGCCUGAUUAGGAGGUUUCAGCUGGCCAAUCAACCCGUCCCCAAAAUCAUGUACGUUGACCGCGGCUGUUGCAGGGAACACGGUCCGACGGCAGUCGAGACCUUGUUCUGGCCCUGGGUGGACGGUGGGAUGGUCGUUCGUCUGGACAUCUUUCACUGGAUCCACCGCUUUGAUGCAGCUCUACGCACAGAGUCGCAUUCAAAGUAUGCAGUGUUCAAGUCAGCACUGGCUGGUGCAGUGCUGGCCUACAACCGUGCAGAUCUGGACCUCCUCAUCAGGGCAGUCAGAGCCAAAGACAGUGCAUCAAUGAGCUCACUGACGGAUAAGGACGUUCUGCGCAUUUUCAUUUCCAAAGAACAAAUGAAGCAUCACGUGCGCAGGGUCAGUCUGGGGGCUCAGGAGACUUUCAGGCUCAUCCAGUGUGUUAUCGAGGAACUGAAGGGUCCUGCUGGGCUGGAUGAAAGUGGAGUCAGCCUCUUCAAGUCACCUGCUGCGAUCGAUGAGAUGUGGGCAGCACAGCAGCGGCACUUGGAGUGCAUCCAGGAUCCGCCGGGUGUCAACAUGUACAGGGUGGCCCGAACGACAACCAUUAAUGGCGUGGAUCUGCCCUACUAUAAAGGCCUGCGCGGAAGCAACAGCCUGGAAGGGUUCCACAAAGUCCUGCCGUUCAUGAUUCCAGGUCCACACUGUGCAGCAAGGCCCUAUCAGGUUUACCUGAUCAGCGGCAUUGCUCGCUGGAACUCAGACCGCCGAUCUGACGCCGUGUUUGGAGGGAGAGGGCGGCGGCACAGGACCUACUCCGCACCGCUCAUCAACCGCCUCAACACCCGCUGUCAGGAGUUCUUCAAUGAGCCCGAGGACCAGAACUUUCUGCAUCCAGCCAACGUCCGCUCUGAUGAGCUUCUCGGUCUGGAGUACCUGUUUAGGCAGGGCACCUUUUCCCUUCAGGACAUUGAUCAGGAUGGUCCAGAACCUGAUGAAGAGGUGCUUCAGCCUGGACAGCCAGAACAGGAAGAGACCGACGAGGCUUAUCACAGCGAUGCAGAUGAUGGAGCCCUGGAUGCUGACCUGCCCCACAUCGCUUUCACCAACAAUGAGACGGCGACUGUGCACCACCCAGCUUUUGACGACGUCUGCAGUGCAAACCCCCUCCCUGGCUUCCAGCAGCUGGAAAGGUUCUGCUCUGUUCUUGUGGACGUUGGGCUGACGGAGAACAAGCUCUCUGUCACCACUAAGGAAAGGGAUGACAUCCUCAAAGCCUGGAAUGCUGUGGAGGAGCACGACAAGCAGCCACAGCAGUUCACUCAGCUGUACAGGAGUCACUGGGGAAACACUUUGUACUGCAGGACAAAGAGGGACGACCUGGUUGAAGCUGCUGUGGUGCAGAAACUAAAGAUGGCGAAACGCUACACACCAGCACACAAGAUCAGCGCUCAGCACAACAGACUGAUGUACACUCUGGUGAAGAUGCUGUGGCUGCGUUUGCCCCACGGGUCAAAGAAAAGCCCAGAGAAGACGGCCAUCCUGAAGGCGUACGAGCGGGUGCAGCACCGGAUUCUGGUAGAGGACCCUGUUCUGAGCAGAGUGGGCAUUCCUCUACCAAAAAUCAAUUCAAAAACGGUGCGUGAAUUCAUAUCUCAUCAAGAGAGACUCGUCAGCUUCCACGCCACCAGACAGCCAGCCACCGUCACCAAGCUGACUUCCAUCUCAGCGGCUGACAUUCCUCCAGCGCCUCCUCAGCCUGCCGUCCUCCCUCCGCCGAGUUACCCUGUGAUGGACUAUAAAUUCACAGAGAGCACAGCAGGCACCAAGGUUUUAAAGCAGAGGACAGACCUUGCGAUGCCAGUCUCUCGGCCUGCUGCUCCUCAGCCACAGCUUCAGCCCCAGGUGCCGCCUCAUUUUCCACCUCAGUCUCUGCUACAGCCUAGAAAACAGACUCCUGUGAGCUGUGAAACAGUUGUAGCCUCUUCCACCUCUACACUAUCUGAAACCCCUUGGCACACAUUCAGGCCCAUUUUGCCUAAGGUGGUCUCUGUUCAGUCCAGCUCCAGCCCUGCGUCAUUCCAGCCUUCUGCCAGUCCGGUGUUUCCUGAGGCCACUGCUACCUCCUCUCCAUCCCCAUCAUGGUCCAGGUCCACGCUUUACAAGCGUAAACAGGAGCUUUCCUUCUUUGGGGAGGGAAAGAAAUCCAGGGUGCAAAACAACCCUGUGUGCACAAUCUGUGUACAGGUGACCCAGGGACACAAGAAAUACAAAAGGAAGAGCUUCUGUCCUGUAAAAAUGAUGUCCUCAUCAAAGGGUCUCACAGGCAUUUUAUUUAAAAGUUUUGAGGAGUUUAUGUUGGCUGUCGACUCCAAAGGCGAUACCGCUGCUGUUUAGUUUCUGUUGUACUUGGUACAGUUGAGCUCUGCAGAGCCGGUUGGAGCUAGCUUGAUUUGCACAGACGCAGAUGCACCGCAGCUGUCGUUUUAUUUAAAUGUAUUUUUUUUACUGUCAAAGCUUGUGUCUGGUUUGUUUUUGUUUUUUCUUUGCACAAACCAAUGCUGUUUGUCAGCUGUAACUUUGUUUAGCAUUUUUUACACAUUUAUUUUGCAAUAAUUGAUGCUGAUGUUUGUCAGCUGUACUGUUAUUUU